CUGGAGCAGCUGAAGGCCAAGCAGCUAACGCAGGAUGAUGACACUGAUGAGGUCGAGAUUGCGAUUGACAACACGGCUUUUAUGGAUGAGUUCUUUUCUGAGAUUGAGGAGACUCGGCUCAACAUUGACAAGAUCUCAGAGCAUGUGGAGGAGGCAAGAAAACUCUACAGUAUCAUCCUCUCUGCACCAAUUCCAGAGCCAAAAACCAAGGAUGAUCUAGAGCAACUCACAACGGAGAUCAAGAAAAGGGCCAACAAUGUCCGGAACAAGCUGAAGAGCAUGGAGAAGCAUAUUGAAGAAGAUGAGGUCCGGUCAUCGGCAGACCUUCGGAUUCGGAAAUCCCAGCACUCCGUCCUCUCCCGCAAGUUUGUAGAGGUGAUGACCAAAUACAAUGAAGCUCAGGUUGACUUCCGUGAGCGCAGCAAAGGGCGGAUCCAGCGGCAGCUUGAAAUUACUGGGAAAAAGACAACAGAUGAGGAGCUGGAAGAGAUGUUGGAGAGCGGCAACCCUGCCAUCUUCACUUCUGGGAUCAUCGACUCCCAGAUUUCUAAGCAAGCCCUCAGUGAGAUCGAGGGACGGCACAAGGACAUCGUGAGGCUGGAGAGCAGCAUCAAGGAGCUUCACGACAUGUUUAUGGAUAUUGCCAUGCUGGUGGAGAAUCAGGGUGAGAUGCUAGAUAACAUAGAGUUGAAUGUCAUGCACACAGUGGACCACGUGGAAAAGGCACGAGAUGAAACUAAAAAAGCUGUGAAAUACCAGGGCCAGGCCCGGAAGAAAUUGAUAAUUAUCAUUGUGGUGGUAGUUGUGUUGCUGGGCAUUUUAGCGUUGAUUAUUGGACUUUCUGUUGGGCUGAAAUAAGAGCAGCCUGCCAGGCUGCUGCACUGACAUAACCUGAUUCCACUCCAGCCUGUGUGGCCACCUUUGUCUUCAUGUGGGAACGAACUUUGAAUGGCCUUCCCGAGAGCCAGUGGGACCGUUCCUUUGUUUCCUUGUAGCCAUCCUUGGACCUGACUCAGCAAACAAUCUAUCCAGGAGGAAUCUACCCGAUGCAACCCUGAGUUCUCCUCCAAGCCUCCUCCUGCCCCACCAGCUCUCAAGUACCUCCCUUCCUGGACUGUAUGAACCACCCUAGCUUCUCCUUUCUCCCUGUGAUGUGUCAAAUUAUGCUUUGUACCUGGGAAAGCCCACUUGAGACCCUCCCAAGGUGCUGUAUUUUCUACCUCAUGAAUUAUUCUUCCAGAAAUUGCAAUGUAUUUUUAAGGGGAGUAUCUUUAACAAAGCAGAAGGAUUCUUCUAAGUGUGGCAACAAUAAGGCUAGGAUCUGAGUCUUCUGCCUGGCAAUAUGCCUUUAUUGUUUGUUGAUUCUAUGUCCUGAAAACAUAGACAGGUAGAUGUCAUUUUGGUCUCAGAAGCUGCCCUGUCUGAAAUUCAACCUUAAAUCAAGCUCUUAGUAUGUUCAGCUUGGAGGCUAACUUUGAUUACUCUGUGUUGUAUUCUCUCGUUUACUCAAGGAGGGACCAGGAUGAUCCAGUUAUUUGAGGUUGCCAUUUGCAAAGGCUGAGGGUAUGAAAUAAUUUGUUUCCAUGUCAGGCUGUUCCCUGUUAGAGAGUGAUGCUUUGUGAAGCCAUUGCCUUGAUACCAGAAAUAAUCAGGGAUUUUAAAUUGGGCCAGGGACAAGGUGCUAGAGUCCCAAGCUCUUCAGAUAUUUCAUGAGAUUGAUGUGAGUAUUCAGUCACUUAUGUGUUCCAGAUGUAUUUUAAUAAUUUUGUGUGUGAGAUGAAUAUAUAUUUGUGUCUCAGGAAGUAGGAAAUAAAAGUGAAACACAUUAUGACCUCAAGAAAGAAAAAAAAAAAAAGCAAAAAGGCAAAACAAAAAAACUAUGAGCUAGGCUAAAAAUUAAAGGACAUUUGCUUGCCUGCAAAUGAAUCACUGUAGAAAUGUGAUCUUCCUGUAUCAUCCAGGAAUUUGUUUCCUGGAUGAGAAAUGGGAGAGUUAAGUAAGAUCUUUGGAAUGAGGACUAAAUUGGUCCCUAUCAAGUUUUUCUGCCUAACAGACAGAAGGUAUGUUUUGACACCUCUCCCCUCCAACCUGCUGCCUACACUAGGCUUGUUCUGAGAACAUCUCACAGCAAUUUGAUAUUAUCCAUUCAACCUAAGCAAUGUCCUGCCUCCAGGGCUGAGUCAGCUGGAGAAGACCAGAGACUAGAGAAGCUCUUCCUGCUACCAGUCUAAGAAGCUUGGCAGAUUGUCUUUCUCUUCUGAUUCUUAUCUUCAGGUGUAGCGACCAUGCUAACCGGUGGCAAUCCUCUGCCAGUCUCCCUGAUUUUGGGUACCAGGUAUAUUUCAGCUUUGACUAUAAUGCUUUCUGGGAGAGGGUGAGCACCCUUAAUCCAGGCACUGCCUAUUCCUUCCUCUGCAAAGGCUGCUUACUCCCAGUCACCCAGCACUCAGACAGAGCCAAGGGGACGUCCUCUGGCUAUGACGUCACACAGUGGAUCCACUCCAGCCACAAGGGGAGAUAGACUAAUCACAGGCCUUGGCUGCCUCUGAAACUCUGAGAUUGAGGCCGGGGGCUUAUAGUUUGGACUAUAAACAUGUGAAGGCUCUUUUGUUAUUUGUAUUGUCUUUUUUAAAAUGUAAACUUGAUUAUUUUAUUGCUAUUUAAAAAUAAAUGACUUUAUAUUGAUU